AUGGUUUUCAUGUUUGCCCGCCGGCGCGGCCGAGAUGCGUUUCGAAGUGCUUUGCCCAAGAGCUUGUGCUGGCUAGGCACGUCCUUGCUGACCAAUCAUGUCUUGGAGCAGUUGUGGCCGCAUGUUCUAGACAAUACGGUGCCGUCCCAGUACGACCUCAACAUUUCCGAUGAUGCGUUUGUGGCAAGCGUGCAUUUUAUGCACAGGCGCUGCCUCCGGGGCCAAUCAAUUUUGGCUGUCAAUGUUGAAGAGAGGACGUGGUUCUUUUCUGAUGCUGACCAGUUGACGGACGAGCAGGCGCUCUUUCUCCGCAUUUUGCGUGGUUGCUCCACCCGCUCUGUUACAGUGGAGGCUUGCUGUCGUUGCGACUUGUGGUUGAAGUGCGAGAUUCGCCAGUGGUCCUCUGCUGCGCUGGACUUGCUACAGCAGUUUUGGCAGCUCUGUUUUGAUUUGAAUCUGGGUGUUUUGAUCGGUGACCUUCGAAGCGAUCCCCUCGUUUGCUCUCUGCGAAAGCACCACUUGUCGUGUCUCCACGACACUGCACGCACGUGGCUUGUACGCCAUCGCAUUCCACUUGAGAACUGGACUUUGUUCCCAGUCGAUCCGAGCGAAGUCCCACAACAGGCUGCCGUUGCAGCGCGUGCCGCGCGGUGGAACUUCCGCGGGAGUGCUACGUCUGUGACUGCGCCGACCGCGCCUGAUGCCCCCACGGCGCCAGCUUCUGUUCAGUCGGACUGA